AAAAUGGCCAAGUACACAUUAGUUUGUGUGCGUCACGGAGAAAGCGAAUGGAAUAAGAAAAAUCUUUUCUGUGGUUGGCAUGACGCUGACUUGUCGGAGACUGGAAUUGUAGAAGCUCAGAAUGCAGGAAAGAUGUUAAAAGAGAAGGGUUAUGAGUUUGAUAUAGCAUUCACCAGUACAUUGAAGAGAGCCAUAAAAACUCUGUACAUGGUUCAGGAGGAAUUAGUAAUUUGGCGUAGGUCCUAUGAUACCCCACCGCCAGCAUUGGAACCCUCAGAUCCAAGAUGGUCGGCUAACGAUAGGCGAUACAGUCAAUAUGAUGCAGCAGUUGUCCCAGCCUGUGAAUGCUUAAAAGACACCGUAGCCAGAGUACUACCAUACUGGCAUGAUAUCAUAGUUCCAACCAUUAAGUCUGGUCAAAGGGUGUUAAUCUCAGCUCAUGGAAACAGUCUUAGAGCGUUGGUCAAGUACCUCAAGAACAUUCCUGAUGCGGAAAUCCCAGAACUCAACAUCCCUACAGGAAUCCCCCUGGUGAUUGAAAUGGAUGAAAACAUGAAGUAUGUAAAGGACUACUACCUAGCUGAUGAGGCAGAGGUCAAGGCUGCCAUGGAGAGGGUAGCCAAUCAAGGAAAAGCAAAAUAAGUUCAGAAGUCAUGACCCCAGUAUGUGUACUCCGAUUAGUGCUUGACUGUUGCCAUUUUUAUUUGUCUUUAGAAUUUUGUUUUGUUUCCCAUUUUACAGAAGAAGUUUAGUAUAUUGUAAUAUAUUAUAUUGCUUUUUAAUUCAUAAUUGUAUCAAUUAAUUCUUAGUUUGAACCUAUGUUAAAGUAGGUUUUUUCUAGGAUAAGAAUUGAUACCAUUUUCUGCCAUAAUACUUUUUUCUCCCCAGACUUAUAAUAUAUUGUGAUUCAAAAACUAUUAUGUGAUACAGUUUUAUGUUAAAAACCACAUAAGUAGAAUCAUUUGGAUAAUUAGGGUUUUUUGUUAUAUGUAUUGCUGACUGUUGAAAUUGCUUUUAAAUAAACCUUAACUAAAAAUGUC